UAAUUAUAUUGGCAAAAACAUCCUUGUAUCUUUACUACAGCAACAUCUGUCUAAAUAGAUCCCUUGCCUUGCCGGAACUAACCUGGGUAAAACUGUCAUUUGAUUCUGAACAUACGCUUUGAAUUUUAUCUUCGAAGUUUAUCCUCUUUAAUAAGCUGUCUUAAAUCCGGUGCACAAAAAAAGAUGUUUCAAUUUUCUCAUUUCGUAAAAAAAAGAAUCUUCUAAGAAAGUGACGAAACGAAGAGAGAGAAACAAGCAAAUGGAUGUAACAACAACCGCCGAGGUGAUUUUUGAUCGGAACGAAGCGGUGGAGACGCCUCCAGAGGAUGAUUGUUGCCCGAUCUGUUUUAGCUCCUUCACGGUCCCCUGUCGAGGCAACUGUGGCCAUUGGUAUUGCGGAAGCUGUAUAUUGCAGUAUUGGAACUAUGCUGCAGUCUCUAAGCCUUGCAAGUGUCCUAUGUGUGUUCGACACAUCACCACGCUGUCACCGGAAGCAUCCUUGCAACAGCGGCAAGAGCAAGAGGUGAAGGAGGUUCUUGCUAAGAUCCGUAGGUAUAACCGUCUCUUUGUUGGAGGUUUAACUGGCUUUCUUCAGUUGCAGGAGCUGCCUUUGCUGAUAAAGAGAUUGGUGUGGCACAUGAUGGAUCCAGAUACAAACACUUUGUAUUUUCAUGAAGUUCGCAUCUUUGCAAUGUUGAUGAGUACCCUUUACACUGCGGCAGAGUUUAGCUUCAUCCCAACGGGAGGGUUCAGAAUAGUGACGGUGUUCGACUACACUGCUAUUGCAAUGAUCUUGAUUCUGCGCGUGGUGGGGUUAUAUCGGAGGAGACGUCUUGCUCAGCGUGUUAGGCAUAUUGCAGCUACAGAAUUUGAACCAGAAUAGAGUUCAAAAUGAAUGUAUUAUCAUGUGAAUGAGCAAGCGUUUGUUUGUUGUAGGUUUGGUUUGGUAGAUCAUACAGAAGCCAAGAGUCUUAUGACCACUGUAAAAAAAGUGAGAUGCGAUCUUUUUAUAAAUAAAUGUAAUUACAUGAACUUAAUAAGAUGGGCUUGUACUGGGUUAUUAUGUGUCCCAAUGUUGGGCUUGAAUAGUAAGUCUACUACUCCAUUUA